AUGACCGGUUCCGAUCAAUCAAUGCCAAACGUACCUCCAGGUAUUGACCCCGAAGUCCAAGCAAGAAUCGAUGCACUCCUCGCGCAGCAUCCGACAGCGAACAGUACUAGAAAUAUUGCUGGGGAAAUUACGAAUAAUGAUGGUAUUGGUUCAUAUUUUGGCGUCUCAACCAUAGCGCUAACGGACAUCCUUGACGGUCAUACCAACAAUUCCACGGAAUCACCAAUUAGCGAACCUAUUGUAAAUGUAUCCCAAGCGAGAGUCAAGAUAGACAAAGACAACGAUGAAGGCAUUUGGUAUGAAGGCGUGCCCCGAGCUGCACCGCCACUUUCACCUCGACAUGCCGUCCUACACCUCAGUGACAGAUCCGAAGCCAGUCGAAGCAAUGUACCACCGUAUCAAGUCGUUCCAGGUGUCUUCCCACUUACGCACUCUAUGUCUGUUCCACCGCUACCGCCUCCUAAUCCUUCACCACCGCAGGCCACUCUUUUCAAGCGAGCCAUAUCCUACAUCAGCAGCUAUUUUUCCGCCUCGCCCGGGAUCAUCGAGUACUCUGACGCAGAGAUCAAAAGGAAAACUCAAGUCUGUGUCAAGGCGCAAAAACAGUUCGUGUCGAGUGUACCAACCCAGGACCUGGUUGUCAAGGUUGCAGCUGUUCUCACUGACAUGAGCCCGUCUGGUGCGAAUGUAGGAGACUAUGGACUUGUAGAAAGACCUGUAGAAAUUUUGGCGAAGCACAAGCGCGUGAGGGAGAUCAAGAGAGGAUCAGGAUGCUUUGUUGUAGAGGAUGUAUAUAGGAAGGAGAUCAGAGUCGCUUUGGCGAGGCUGAACAGAUAGAGGAUAUGGCAUCACUGCGUGGAAACCAUUCAAUGAUACCAGGCACUGCAAUGAACUAUGGCUACACGCCGCUUACAGUCCUCGGAUCCAAUUCUUCUGCUUGACAUGAUGUCGAUUCCUGCGUGGCGGGACGCCUUAUGUAGUGGGACGUUUUUCCAUCCGAACCUUCGGCAUCAGCCAAAUUAGGGUGACUGCAUAGAUUCAGGCUUUAUGCGCUUUUGUUCUGUACCUGU